CGAGCAGAGAGCGAGCGCAGAGAGAGAGAGCGCGAGCAGAGAGAGAGAGAGCGCGAGCAGAGAGAGAGAGAGAGCGAGCAGAGAGAGAGAGAGCGCGAGCAGAGAGAGAGAGAGCGCGAGCAGAGAGAGAGAGAGCGCGAGCAGAGAGAGGAGCGCGAGCGCAGAGAGAGAGCGAGCGCAGAGAGAGAGAGCGAGCGAGAG